AUCUAUGUAUGUCAAUAGAAUAUCAUUCGUAUGCUUAUGCGGAUUCUCGGAGAUUCCGGCUCACUACCGAGUAUUAAAUACGUUUCGACACGAUCUAUGCAUGUUUUUGCUGAGGUGUUUUUAUAAUAUUUUCCCACGGGUACAACGGCAGAAUAGCAGCAAUUCAUUCGUCCAUCUUAUAAAUGGAAGACAAGAUUUAUGACAUUGAAAGCAAAACAUUGUAGAAGGUCAUGUAGUAGAGGUGUCCUUCGAGUAAUUUAUGUUCCGAUAUUUAAAUUCGCAUCACAGUGUGUUUUAAAAUACUUGACCGAAAAACAAUGCUGAUAUUUGCAAUGGCUCCACAAAUAACCAAGACUGUAACUAACAUUAAAUGCGCUAAUGUGUCCUUUGUGGUUUAGGUUCAUUCAUCGAAUAUUUCUCAUUGUCGUUACAUAAGAAGACAAAGUUCACGGCCAGCGAGCUUCAUCGCCGGGUCAUUUUCACUCGAGCAUCAGGCGUUCGAUAAACAAGGCGUGUCUAGAUUGUUAACUCGGAGGCUGCAUCCGGGCCACCGCAGGGAUCAAGUUACGGCGGGGGCGUGCGAAUGUCAAGGAACCCUAGCGUCGCGCGAGGGCCUGCGCCGCCGCAGUCGCAGCCGACAUGUCUGCGCGCGCGCCCGUCUGUCCGCGCCUCGCCGCCGCGCUCAGCGCGCUCGCAGCGAUCUCUGUCUUCGCGAGGAUCGCCAGUGUUCAGGGUUUUCAGUGCCACAGAGACGGUUUUCACACAGACUAUGACUCAGAUUGUCAAAAAUAUGUGCGGUGCAGCAGUGGUGAAGUGACCGGUCGGUAUUCGUGCCCUGAGGGACGGGUGUUCAGUGAAGCCGAGGCUGCGUGUGUUCCCCGCGAGCGCCGGCCCUGCAUCCGCCGGGAGUGCGCGCCUAACGAUACGCUCGGGUAUGCCAGUCCGGGCACUGCUUGCCGUCAGUACUACCGAUGUGAAAAUGGCACGGCCAUAGAGCGCUCCUGCCCUACGGGAGCAUGGUUCGACCUCGAACACCAGGCGUGCACCCGUGGUGCUGGCACAUGCUUCGAGCCGGUGUGUGCCGGUCUACCGGACGGCGACUAUCCUGAUGUGUCUCAGGACUGUCGCCGCAUUCUACACUGUCGCGGCAGUGAACUUCGUACGGUGUCGUCGUGCGGCGCGGCGUGUUCAUCUUCAUGUCCACCACCCCGCGCCGCCGCCGUGCCGCUGCCGGCUGGUGACGCCGACUUUUGCUCAGAUGAAGCCUGUUCAUCCUUGUGCCGCGACACGCCUGAUGGAGCCUAUGCAGACCGCACCACCAGCUGCCGCGAGUAUUUUGUAUGUGAAGCGAACCGAGUGAUACGCCGGGGAGUGUGCGAGCCGGGCCUACUGUUCUCGGAUGGUGCAUGCGAGCCGGCCGCUCAUACAGUGUGCCCGCCACCUGCGCUUAGCCCUUGCUUUAACAGGCACGAUGGACUGCAUCGUGACUGGCACGACUGCAAAUCCUGGUUCGAAUGUCGGCGGGAGCGUGUUAUAAAGCGUGGUACGUGUGCACCGGGAUUAGUUUUCGACGGUACCGGAUGUGCGCCUUCUGAAACAUUUUUAUGCGACGGACCAGCACUUUCGGCCGACUGUGAGGGACUCCCGAGUGGAACAUAUCAAGACCUCGAGUCUAACUGUACGAGAUACUUUCACUGUGAAGGCCGUUUCCGUACGAUGCUAGAGUGUCCUCCAGGUCAGGUGUAUGAUGGAGUGCGGUGUUCACCGGAGUCACGUUACUUGUGCCCGAGCUUGGAGCGCGAGUCCUGCUACGGCCGGCCGGACGGGCGGUACCGCGCCGCCGACUCCGGCUGCCGCGGGUACUACGAGUGCGUGCGAGGCGAGAAGGCCGUCUACGCGUGCCCAGUGGGACGCGUAUUCGACGGUGACUCUUGCGUGCCAGCACGGCCUGGAUUGUGCGUACGUGAUGACUUCUCCUGCGAAGGUCUCUCGAACGGUUAUCACGCAGAGAUCGAGUCAGGAUGUAGAAGGUAUUUCUAUUGCGAGCACGGAGACCGGCUGGUGACGCUGUCGUGCCUGGGCGGCAAGGUGUUCGACGGGCGGGCGUGCGUGCGGGGCUCGCGGGCGCAGUGCGGCGCGGGCGGCGCGGAGGCGGAGGGCUGCGCACGCGACGGGUUCUUCGUGCAGGCGGGGUCAGGGUGCCGGCGCUACUACUUCUGCGUGGGCGGCGUGAGGACGGCGCUGUCGUGCGGCGCGGGGCAGCUGUUCAACGGACAGCUGUGCGUGCCGCGCGCGCAGCACUCGUGCCCCGGCUGAGCACCCGCGUGUAUACGCUGGACACACUCACAUGUACCUGAACGCUUUAUUUAUUUCGAGGCUGUGAACCCUAACCCAGGACCGCUACUCGGUUAGUGCAGCGCUCCGCGACCGCUCGACGCCCGUACCAAGCAUCUACCUCUAUACCUCCUAUAUCAGAAUAAGACACGAUUACUUCUUACUGUUUAUUGGCAUAGAAACUUCCAAGCGACCUAAUUACUUCUAAUAGUAAUUACACAUUGACUAUAUCUUACAGUAUUACUUUACAAAUGAAUAGUAAGCUCCAUGAAUAGAAAAAUAAAAUCUCUUUUAACGACAUAAAAGAAUAGUUAAUUUAUUUAUUUAUAUUAAUAUAGAUAAUAUAUCCUCGACCUUAAAUUAACAAAAAUUAUAAGCGAAUCUUUACAAACCAGUUCAUGAUAAUACUUGUCACAUUGAAGUAGGUAGACACAUGUAGUAUAAUUCCACAUUAGUUUAGGAUGAUGCAAAGCCCUUGAGUAUGACAAAUGUUAUCAUUACAGUAAAAAAGAUAAUUAUAAAUAAUAGAAAAUAGUUGAAUAUAGGUAUUGUAAACGUGCAAUUUUCGUUAGAACUGUUGAAUACAAAUAUCUAAACAAUUUUGGCAUUAUUCAUAACUAGGAAAGCAUGUCUAAAUAAUUUACAUAGCAUAAUAUGUUACGUAUUUAAUAAAUGUUUUCAAUUUAUA